AUGUUUUGUUACACAAAUAAGUGUGGCAGUUCAGUGUUACAAAUUUCCCCAUUUGGUGUAGUGAUAGUUCACUACUUGAGAAACAAAGUCACUUCACUUCCCAUCCAAGAUUGUGUUGUCGCUGAAGUUGAUCUCUAUAAGUUUAACCCUUGGGAUUUACCAAAGAAGGCUACUUAUGGAGAAAAUGAAUGGUUCUUUUUUACUCCAAGGGAAAGGAAGUAUCCAAACGGAGCCAGGCCAAACAGGAAAGCAGCUUCAGGUUAUUGGAAGGCAACGGGAACAGAUAAACCAAUUCUCACUUCUUGUGGGUCUCAUACUAUCGGGGUCAAGAAAGCUCUAGUUUUCUACAAAGGUCACCCAGCUAACGAUACAAAAACAAACUGGAUCAUGCAUGAAUAUAGAUUACUCGACGACUGGGUACUUUGUCGAGUACGGAAGAAAGACGACACCCAGAGAAAAAUGUGGCAAGGUCAAAGCAGUUAUAAGGCUGAACCCUUGGGACUAAUCCCGAAGGUUGCAGAGCCAUGCCCGAAAAUAAUAAACCCUUCCCCUGAUACAGUUACGGAAUACCUCAACAAUGGCUGUCCACUACUAGCUUACAUCCUCGCUGCUCAUGAGGUUCCUCGUGUCGAGAACAGAUCAACGCUGAACUGUGGAGAUGGAAAUGUUAAUAAAAACAACAGUACUGGAAUCCUAUCAGGUGGAAGUUUGCAAGGUGGAAAUGUUAAUAAUUACAGUAUUACUUCAAUCCAAAAAGAUAUGACGGUCCUGCAAACAUCAGUCGUUGCAGACUCUUGCAUUAGUAACCUGAUCAAUCCAUUGAAGAGGAAGCCGAAUGAAGAGCAUGCAGAUUAUGAGUAUCCCGGCCAAUCAAACAGGAAGCUAAACACCUUCAAUCCUAAUAUGUUCACCUAUGGGUAUUAA